AUGGCGGCAGUUUACUCGCUGGGCCUCCACGAACCUUCAGCUGUCCCAUACCUUGUUGCCGAGUCCGUGAUUUCACCGCACACGCCGUUGAACGCGUUUACAUGGAAGACAUGUUGCAAUGAGAAUGAGGGAGGAGUUGCCGUUGAAGAAGAGCUGUUUGUCACUGACAAUCGUGUCGUCUGGUCUCGAGGAGGCGUGGUAAUCCGGGCUUUUGGAUUUGAUGUUGAGAAUGAGAAGGUCACCCACGCUUUGUUUGCAUAUUUUCCUGGUGAUGAAUGGACAAAUAGUUUUACGGGGCAACUGAGAGGCUCUCAUGAUGCUGCGGCUACUACUCAGAUACCGGCUCCAGACCCGAAUGCCGGGAACACUUCGUCAGGGCAGAGUCGAAAGCUGGCCAAGCAGGUUAUUAUCAAUGAGAAACACAGCUCUGACGGCAUACAUGGACUCUCUCAUGAGGACGAAAACAGUAGGAGAUCCAUGUCUAGAGCCUUGGUUGUGGUGUUACAGUCUCAGAUGCAUAUUUUCAUAAUCUCUGGAGAUACUCAUGUAGUUCCACUGCCCUUCGAAGUGGACUCCAUCUGGGCUGCCCCAUGCGGCCUGUUAUUCCAAGCACAGGUUUCUGAAAGCACACCACCGCCCGUCCCGCCAGUGCCUCCCAAUUCUUUUGUGUCACCACAGAAUAUACAGCUGAAGUCAAGGACGUCGGGGUCCUUCUCUGCCUCUGCUCGAAGUAGUGCCAGAUUCUCACUGACAAUGUCUCCUUCUUAUUCUACGAAAUCAAAGUUGGAAAAGGAGAAAUUUUACCCCAGAACCUUUUCCCUUUUGGACCACCAUUCAGAGAUGGGAUUGGUCGCCGUCUCUCCCAAUGUGCCGAACGUCUCCUCAACACUCCUAGAAGCCCUAAGCCCUUUAGAAGAUAUUCUUUAUGUAUCUUCCACGAACGAACUACCGCACCUUGAUCCUCGAAAACCAGUUCGUCAUCCUUUAAUACUUGUUGUGACACUUAAUGAAACUACCGGGCUCUACACUGUCUGGACGGCCCAGCAAAGAGAGAAGGGCUCUGGUUUUCGUCGGAGUCGGAAAGGAAGGACAUCGAACGCGACGUAUGGUAGGCGUAGGAGCUCUUACUUUGAUGUACCAGCUGGCGUUGCUACUCCUGCAAGCCGUGGGGCCAACGGACUAAGAGAGAGUUUUGGAAUGCUUAAUCAAGUCCGAAGUGCAUCGCAUACACUCAAUUCACAAGUUCCAGAUGCUCACCCUGAAAAGGAAGAAGCUUUAGCAUCACAGCUAGGUCAAGAUUUUGGUGAUAUUGGGGCUUCGUGGAAAGCAUCGAGGAGAGUUAGCUCCCUAUUAGCACGCAGCGAUUUGGGUGGAAACCAUGACAGAACUACAUUUACCGAUUUGAUGGCUGGAAAUCAAUCAAAUACCCCAUUUACCCGCAAAGUGGAAUCCUUCGCCGGAAGUACUCGGGCGAGCUUUGGGUACCGCCGCAGAAGCUCUCUACCUCCUGGAAAUCCCUCCGUCUUUAGCGCUGGGAGCAGUUUUCUGGAUGUUCCCGUUGAUAAAUUCCUUGAGGGGUUGAAUAAAGAAGGUCAGUUGGAAGGUUUCGAGACUAUGGGCCUCGGAGAAAGCGUAUCUGGACUACCGAGAGAGAUCAUUUUGUCAAAAGUAGGAAGUUAUUCCUCAGGUUUUUCAAGCCUACGCGGCUUAACAGCAAGUGAAAAACGCGGAAAGUUCGAGGUUUUUACCGUGUCGUCUUUCUACGAAACCUACCCUGAUAAACCUGAUGCCACUCCUAUUUCCGUUUGCAUUUUGAACAAACAUUCGAAGAACUUAGUCGUUUUGAAUUUACAAGUUCAAAAGACAAAGUCAUCUACGCUUUCCACUGGAAAAGCAAAAAAGCACAACUCCUUAGACGUCGUUUAUAAUGUUCAGCUCAGGGAUGUUCGCCAAGGAUCCAAUGUCAUUGACUGCCGCAAACUUAUUGACGGGGAAAUUUCUCGAAUGCUUGUGUUAUCCACUACUCUUGAUGGUCGGGGCGAAUUGACCUUGCAAGCCCCUUGGAGCACUCUAGCCAAAAUUGAACUACCAUCUUAUUUGGGACUGUAUGAACCUUCUAACAUUUCUCCUGCACGCUUAUCAAACUACCCACGAGAGGCUGGCCUGAGAAGAGUGCUUGAUAGCAGCAGUUUUAAUCUCUGCGCGCUAGAUCACCCCAGCCAUAGGGGAAAGGUUGAUAUAGUUGACGAUCAGAACAGGAAGCAUAGGCUUCAGGUCCAAAUGGAACCCCGCAACGUACUUGUUAAGCGUAUACUCAAUGUAUGCCGGUUUGUUUUGCGACAGUGUGAAAAAGGAGGUGACGGAAUUCUCGUGACCUGGUGGGAGACAUUGAGGUGGCUUCGUUCUAGAAAUGAGAAUUGUAACAGCCUAGAAUGGACCGCCCUUGUCGUAACACUCUUUUCUAUGGCAGUUUACUUCAUCGAAGGUGAUUUCUCAAUAACUGGUGCCAAGCCGAAGCGAAAAAGAGGUGCAUUACUACGCUCAAGCAGUGGUUUUGUUGACUUUGAGAACUGGGACACAAUGUUGGAACAGGAAGCCGGUUCAUCAGGUAUUUCACCGUCUUGGAUGAUGACGCCUUCAUGGGGAUGGAUUCGUGAGGGAGAAGACCAUGUUGAGGUCGCUCAAGCAAAUCACCCCUCAAAUGCAUCCUUACUUCAUCAAUCCGUUUCAAAGAAAAACCAAUACAUUAUCCGAUGUGCCUCUCUUGCGCGUCAAUUUAUCUUAUCUCCUCAAGGCGAAGCGACCAGUGGCGCCGAGGGUUAUUUGCCUACUGCUGUCUCAAAAAGCACCGAGACCCGAAGGACUGCGCUGGGUACCAUCUUAGUUGCGCUACACUUGUUUCGCGAGGAAUUGAAACUAUCAUCUGUCGAUGCUGAUUUGUUGAACAAUUCCACGGGGCUCAUGCUGCCUGUACUGGCACAAAUUGGCACCUGGUUAGGGUGGAAAUCGUGGACUUGGAAAGAAAAUUCAUACUAUGGCCUGGAGAGUUCCAGCAUAAAUGGCUGGUCGUUUGAGGAAUCCGAAAUAUCGACACUAGACAUACCAUCAGAGCCGUUUGCUCCACCAUCAGUGUUUCAGAGCGUGGAGCAUUUUGUGCAGAAUAAACAGUUUAACUUCAUUACUCUCUUAGACUUAGUUUCGAGGACAGAGGCUAAACGAGAUACAGGGAAACUAUGGGAGCAAGCCAUUGAGCUUACACCUAGGACACUGGCCGUCUCUGGGGUACUUUCGGAAAUUGAGCUACAAUCCUCACCAGCUGAGAGAGCGGCAUUGCUACUACGUUGGCGCUUAACCACAUCAAUCCUUGAUACUCUUCCAUACGGCAUUAGCGCACCGCUGCAUGAAGCGAUUGCCCAUUGUCGAAGUAACCCAUCACUUAGUUGUGGACCCUCCAUACUCGAAUUUAUUGACAGGAACGAUAUUUCAUUGACCAUUUCUAACGAACAUCUUACGCCUCCAAUACCGCGACUACAGGUUUUGCAGUCUCACGAUGCGUCACGCGAUAUUCUUCACAUUGGAUCUUCAGUUUACGAUGGUAACGGGGUUAAUUCGUUUGAAGCGUCUGCGGAGGCUGACAGACUUUCCGUUACUAAACUCAUUUUCCGUGACGAUAGACGAUUUUUUGAAGCUGUGAAAGUAUUGAACCAAAUGAGAGCUCCGGUAGUAGAGUGCCAGCCAGAGCCGGACUGGUCAGAAGCCGAUUUACUUGAAGCACAACAGGAGCUGGUACAGCUUGUUACUCUGCGCACAUUGUCUAUCCCGAGCGGGCGUGGGUUGCUAUUCUUUAGCAGUCGAGUGCCUCUAUCCACGGAGAAACUCCCAAUUCCUUCAUUUUCCUUGCAAUGUGUCGUAAAACCCUCUAAUAUCACGAUUAGUGCUGACAAAACCUCGUUCACGGAAGAAAAAGUAUGCUGGGCCUUCUUUCAUAAUGGGGCCUCGACUGGCCUUGCUAUAUCUAAAGCUGCCAGAGGCAUUGACACCUCAUGGAUAUUAUACAACAAACCUGGUGAAUUGACGAAUCGACAUGCAGGUUUUCUGCUCGCACUUGGUCUAAACGGACACCUCAAAUGUCUUGCAAAAUGGGUGGCUUUUAAGUAUUUGACACCGAAACACACAAUGACCUCUGUUGGAUUGCUCUUAGGCCUCUCGGCGUCAUAUCUUGGAACAAUGGAUACCCUGAUAGCACGCCUACUUUCGGUUCAUGUUACAAGAAUGCUUCCACCCGGCGCAGCAGAACUGAAUCUAUCUCCGCUAACCCAGACUACUGGAAUAAUGGGGAUUGGUUUGCUCUACUGUAACUCUCAGCAUCGCCGAAUGAGCGAAAUAAUGCUCUCAGAAAUCGAAAAUACGGAAACGGAGGAUACAUCGCUGUCCCAAGAAAUCUUGCGAGACGAAGGGUAUCGUUUAGCCGCUGGGUUUGCCCUGGGCUUCAUUAAUCUAGCCAAAGGAAAGGAUUUGGGAGGCCUUCGUGAUAUGCGUGUUGUCGAAAGGUUGCUUGCCCUUGCAGUAGGCACAAGACAAGUAGAUAUGGUUCACACUCUGGACAGAGCCACGGCCGGCGCUACUAUUGCUCUUGCAAUCAUCUUUAUGAAGUCGAACGACGCGGCUCUCGCCAAGCAAGUCGACAUACCCGAUACGGCAGCUCAAUUUGACUAUGUUCGCCCUGAUAUCUUUCUUCUUCGUACCCUAGCUCGACAUUUAAUUAUGUGGGAUGCAAUCAAACCAAACCAUAAAUGGGUUGAGAUGUCUCUUCCACUGGCUUAUAGGAGCAGGUGUCGUCUUCUUACAAUUCGUCGGCUGAGCACAGACGAUAUGCCGUUAUUCAAUAUUAUUGCGGGUAUCUGCUUCGCUAUGGGCCUGCGCUACGCGGGCUCCAGGUCAAAGGGAGCGCGUGACGUGCUUGUUUUUUACCUUGAUCAGUUUAUUCGAAUCUGUCGUCUGCCGGCCAUCAACUACGACUCGAGGUUGACGCGGAAUUCGGCAAGAAACUGCCAAGAUGUCAUUGCGCUCUCUGCCGCCGUUAUUAUGGCUGGAGCUGGCGAUGUGCCUGUUUUUCGCCGUUUACGCUCGCUUCACGGCCGCGUUGACAUGGACACUACAUAUGGAAGCCACCUAGCAACACAUAUGGCCAUUGGGAUAUUGUUUCUGGGAGGAGGAACACAUACAUUGGGAACAUCGGAUAUUGCCGUCGCGUCGUUACUUUGUGCAUUAUACCCGGUAUUCCCAACGACCGUACUGGAUAAUAAAUGCCAUUUGCAAGCGUUUCGGCAUCUGUGGGUCUUAGCAGCCGAACCUCGAUGUCUGAUCCCUCGCGACCUCGAAACCGGACGCGCAAUGCCAAUUCCUGUCUCCUUGACAUUCAAGUCCGGGGAAACAAGGAUGACCAUAGCACCCUGUCUUCUGCCAGAGGUGUCAUUGCUUGCUAGUAUAAAAGUACAGAGCCCUGACCACUGGAAACUUAACCUCGAUUUCACUGCUGAUGAAUCCCUGCUUGACAAAUUUCGCUGCGGGAAUCAAUCUAUCUACCUCAAGAGACGGACCACCUAUAAUAUUGCUGGAAGAACCAUGUUCUCGGCAACAAUGUCGGCAUUGACAGAGCUACAGGAUGUCCCCGUCGCCUCGUCCAAAGCCCUCAGCGGCAGCGCCAACCCCACCACACCCUCCCUUUGCUCAUACGGGAAUUCCUCGGUCGAGAUCAGAAUUCCCGCGCGCCAUCUCUGGGAAUGGAUUUUCAAGCUGCCCGCCUUCAGGCACCUCGACAUGAGCGAAAAGACCCUGGUCCUGCCGCCCAAUCCGUUCGACCAGUCACUGCAGCCCAACAACUCGCCAAGGAGCGAGCUCGUGCUGCCGCCCUGGAUUCGCCCUACGGUCGUCGAGGCGAGACUGUCGGUCGAUAGGAUAGUGCGCGACAUGGUAUCCGCGGCCAAAGGCCGAGGAGCCGGGUGCGAUGUGAUCCGGGACCGGCUGUGGCAGCUCCGUCUGCUUUUCGCGUGGUUGGAGCAGGGUGAAAAGGAGGGCGGGAAAGACAAGCGGUCGAAACCGGAGGGACAGCAGGGUGAGAGGGAGGAGAGCGGUUUGUGGCUUCGGAAGAGUGUGAUUGACGAUGCGAAGUGGAAGAUCUGGGCCAUUCAGGCAGGCGAUGUUGGUGCUGUUGGGCAGGAGUAG